CUCCUUUUCCGUUCAUUCAUCAGCCUCGUCCUAUGACGAUUUCGAAGAAUUUCCUUCCUAGACCUACCUACGUUAGUAGAAAAAGAUGAAAAUUAGUAGUUUAGUUCGGAGCCAAGUUACCUACCUCGUUUUCAUCGCUUAUCCCUCAUUUCAGCUCCUUUCCCUUCUCUUGCCCCCUUUCCCCCCUGUUAUUGAGGUCAUACUUGGCGCGCCAACCUCGCUGACGGGUUGCCAUUCUUGCUGGGGCCGGUUCGUUACUGAUGGCCGGCCGGUCCGAUUUCAGUCCCUGGCGUUUUUUUUCUUAGUUUGAGGGGUUUUGCUCGGGACACUAAACUAGACUACUAUCUAGGCAGACAGGCAUGUGGUUAGUUACUUUUUAGUUUAG